AUGGGUUACAUGCGGGAGGAAUGCCCGCCGGCGACAUCGAAGAAAACGCUCAAGGAGAUCUAUGGGUCGAUUCAGAUUCUUCGUUCUGGUUAUGAUUGGAAUGAUCCAACCAGGAAGGGCGCUAUUGAGGCGUAUAAGCGUACCAAUGGGAUCAUUUUCAUCACUGCGACGGUAUUGGCUGCAUUACCCGUGCUUUUCUCUUUGUGCAUGCCGAGCUACUACUUGGGCAAGCAGCAAAAUGCAGUGACUCAUACUGCUCUUGACGACCAAUGA